AUGGAUUCUCAAUCAUUCGAUUACUGGAUGGCACAAGGCAACUAUAUCGCACCACCACACCAAACAGCCAUAUUCGAGAUGCCUCCAGAUCUCUCUAAAGUUCCGAGUCUGAGUGGAUCACCUGUCUCUUCUACAUAUGACCAGUUUCCUGCACAUAUCCACCAAGCUUACUACCCUCGCAUCGUCGACGAACCCAUGCACUUUGGAUCAUAUCCCAUGCCCAUGACCCCCUCGGAUUUUGGCUCAGAGCAUGAUAGCCCAUAUUGCAGUCCGAGGCCACUACAGCACACUGAACCUACUUUCGGAACUACCCACAAACCUGCACCAGCAGAACGGACCCACACUACUUCGGGACGCCGAAGAGCUCAGAAUCGCGCCGCCCAACGUGCAUUUCGAGAGCGCAAAGAAAAGCACGCUAGAGAUCUUGAAGCCCAGCUCUCGAUCCUAAACGACAAGUACACCAAGCUCGAAACAUCGCACACGGAACUCAAUGCUGCCUAUGAAAAGCUCCGAAGGACAAUCGAGCUUCUCACACAGGACGACGAUGCGGAAGGUGAAGACGAAGAAGGAACGAUCGCCCGUAGACGAGGAAGCAAUUCCGACACCCUCCGCAAGCUCCUGGAUAUAUUGCAUGGAGAGUUCAAGGGAACGGCACCGGUGAAAACAGAAGUAUCCUAG